CAUGCGGUGGGCCGGAUGUGUCGAGUAGAACCCCUGUCCCACAUUCAGACACAGACCCCCAUCGUCCUGCGUAGCAGAGUCCACAGAAGUCCAGACAGGACAGACGGAAGGAAGGAAGGAUAAAAGAUGGUGAAACACGUUGCUCGGGUCCAUGGUGGGAUGCUGUUUUUGGCUCUGUGUCUGCUCGGGGGGGCUGCAGCCAUGCUGAAAGUUGACAAGGUCCAGGAUGGAAAUGGCGGCGACGGGGACACCCUCAGCCACUCACUGACCCUGGUGCAGCGCCUGGAGGCCCUGCUGGUUCAGGGGAACGGCAGCGACGUGUCUCUCAGGGUGGAGACGCCCAGCGCAGACGAGGUGAAGGUGAUCCAGUCUCACUCGCUGGUGCUCUCCCUGCAGAGCCCCGUGUUUGACGAGAUCCUGCUGAACCGCAACGGCAGCACGCUGGUCCUGAAAGAGAGCUCCGACUGCGCUGCUGUGUUUGACAAGUUCAUCAGGUAUCUGUACUGUGGAGAGCUUUCUCUGCGUCUGGACCAGGCGAUACCUCUACACAAGCUGGCCACUAAGUACCAAGUGAUGGGUCUCCAGCAGGGUAUCACCCAGUACAUGAGCCAGAAUGUGGCACGGGAGUCCUCCUCGGGACACGUGGCGGGCUGGUACGAGUACGCCCUGCAGGCCGGCGACGUGACUCUGAGGGACAGCUGUCUUCAGUUCAUGGCCUGGAACCUGUCGUCGGUGCUGCGGAGCGGAGAGUGGGUGUCCAUCAGCAGCCACCUGCUCAUGUCCCUGCUGCAGCGCUCGGACCUCGUCCUGCAGAGUGAAAUGGAGCUCUUUGCGGCGCUGGAGGCCUGGAUUAUUCAGAAUGAGCCGGACGGUUUGACAGCUGAGAACGCAUUGAGGGCCGUGCGUUAUGCCAUGAUGCCGCCACGGGAGCUCUUCCGCCUACAAACCCAGUCGUCGGUCCUGGCUCGCUAUCAGGAGUCGGUGCGUGAUCUGCUAUACAUGUCCUACCAGUUCCACUCGGCGUCGCCACUGGCCAUGGCCAAAUACUUUGACGUAAACUGCAGCCUCUUCAUGCCCAGGAACUACCUGUCGUCAGUGUGGGGGUCUGCCUGGAUCAUCAGCAACCCCUCGCGAGACGACCGCAGCACCAGCUUCCAGACCCAGCUGGGGCCCAGCGGCCAUGACUCCAGCAAGCGGGUGACUUGGAACGCCAUGUUCUCGCCACGCUGGUUACCCCUCAGCAUGAGGCCGAUGUACACAGAGACGGGCGCCAUGCAGCCGACACGCGUUGAUGGAGGGAGCCCUCGCAUCAUCAUCACGCCGGCCACAUCCAGCGCAGAUUUCGCCGGGGUGAACUUCCAGAAGACGGUGCUCGUGAUGGCUCAGCAGCAUGGAAAAUUGGUGGUGAAACACGUCUACAACUUCCACCAGAGCACGGAAGAAAACGGCGAUUUCUUGGCCGAGGCCGACCUGUACCGGCGGACGUCGGAAUACCUCAUCGAUAGCUCGCUUUUCCUCCAUGUUGUGGUGAAGCCUUUGUACCAAACCCUUCUAACCAGCAAGAAAUAAGCCUCCACACUCCACUCCACUUACCUCACUCAGCACAAUCCAACCUUGUGAAGCCACAUAGAUAUUUGUAUACGUAGAUACCGCAUUUGCCGCUGUUAUUUACUGGAGCGAUAUGUCGACCUGACCCAAGCUAGCAUUAGCAUCAGGACAGUUGCUUAAGCUAACUUUAUGUUAGCUUUAAAGAAGGAUUGACGUUAAUUUUUGUUAUAUUAAAUUGAAGACGUCCGUAACAGUUAAACAUUGCAAAACACAUUUUUAACACCCCUCUGUAAGCUGUAUUCCAUAGCACUAAGGUUUGGUUAAUAUAGAUCUCCAUGGUCAGAAUGGGUCAGAUGCCUGUCCCAAGAUGGCGGCAGAGAGGCAUCUCACACGCCAGAUGCGGCAUCUACGUGUGUCUAUAUAUAUGUAUACAUAUAUAUAUAUAUAUAUAUAUAUAUAUAUAUAUAUAUAUAUAUAUAUAUAUAUAUAUAUAUAUAUAUAUAUAUAUAUAUAUAUAUAUAUAUAUAUAUAUAUAUAUAUAUAUGGUGAAGCAGCAUCUCACUCAUAUCACAUCGUGGGAAUCCUCCUUGUGUGUGAUGUUUGGCUCUUUCUCUCAUAUAACGGAUGUUUUCAUUGGGCAACUAGCACACCAAAGCUGGACUCAAGACCAUCUCGGAGCAUUUUGUAAAUCAUGAUGAGACAUAAGUGUAAAGUCUUGAUGAAACGUGUGUGUAUAUUUUUUCUUACGGCCAACACAUCCCACGGAAAGACCAAAACAGUGAACGUAACCACUAACUAGUCUUGUGUUUGUAUCACAGCCUAAUAUACUGUAUAUCUUCUUCCUUUGUGUGAUGGCGCUCCAUUGCACUCCUCCACCAUCCAAUGGGCGACAUGUAGGGGGGGGGGACAUGUGAAUGAUGUACCCAUGUGCCCCAGAUGAACACACACACGGUAGUGAAUUUUGACUCAACCCCACACACACCGUCUUACAGCCACAAAUACUGGAUGGACCAAAUGUGGAUUAAUCCGCCGCUGAAAAUAGUCCCCAACAAACAUGCUAGUUACUGCUGUUUGAGGGAUAUUUGCUCAAAACUACAGUGACCAGCUGUUUCAGGAAAUUACUGAGCAUUUAAAAAAUA